GGCUGAGCGGAGGAGGCGAUGGACCGGAUGAUUAGUCGGAGAGGUUUCGUAAACAUUUUAUGGACGCGGCAGACCCUGUAUAAAGAAAUUAUCUGCCCUCGCUUCAUAAAAUGGGAGAAAACAAUGCUCUGUCUCAGCCACAGGCCCCUGGUCGCGGCCGCUUCUUUGUCGGGGGCCAGCAGGCCGCAGAGCGCAUGUGCGGUCGUACUGGGCCGGGGGUAAAAUGUUGUGAAUGUCUCUCCUGGGCUUAACAGGGAUGGAGUUUAUAAACUCCCGUUACAGGGAGUGAGGAGAGGACGAUUUAAACACGGCAAACUUUAAUAUGUUAGAGAAGGAUAUGCAGCUUGGAAAUUCAAACUAAAUAACACUAACAAGAUCUGAGUGAGCCAUUUUAUUCAUUCAGCACUGGACAUUGUUGGCCUUUGAAUGACUGGAUGUCAGAGACAUCAGGACAGUGUGUGACCUGAAUGGAACUUGAAGGUGAUUGUGUACACGUUCACCUGCUGCCCUGCUCCUUCUCGGUGUUGGAGGCUGAAUGUUUGGAAGAUUCUGUCAAAGUUCUGGUCAAGUUGUAGGAUAUUAGAAGAGGAAGAUUUACAAACUAACCAUCAUCUCACCAUGAUCUGAUGGAUUUGUCCAUUUUACCACAAAUUAAAUGUGAUCAGAUUUUCAACAUGGAAGGAAAAAGCUCCUUUUCCAGUGAAGGGAAACCAUACGUGUGUGUGUGUGGACAAGGUUUCAGCCAAUCAUCAGACCUCACAAACCACAAAUGCAAUCACACUGGGGAGAAACUGUGGAAAUGUGGGGAUUGUGGAGAGGAAUUUAUUUCCCCAUCUGAGUUGGAAACUCAUCGAUGCAGUCACACCAGUAACUGGCCAUUCACAUGCUCUGUGUGCGGAAAGGGAUUCACCCAGUUAUCUAACCUGCUGCAACACCAGCCUGUUCACACUGAGGAGAGACCAUUUCAAUGUCCAGAUUGUGGAAAAUGCUUUAAAACGUCCAGGGACCUGACGUCCCAUCAACUUGCUCACAUUAAUGAGAGACCUUUUAAAUGCCCAGAUUGUGGAAAAUGUUAUAAAACCUCUGGGGAUUUGACAUCCCAUCAACAUGCUCAUACUAAUGAGAGACCUUUUAAAUGCCCAGACUGUGGAAAAUACUAUAAAACGUCUGGGGACCUGAUGGCCCAUCAAAGUGCUCACACGGAGGAGAGACCUUUUAAAUGCCCAAACUGUGGGAUGUGCUUUAAAAGUUCCAGGGACUUGAUGUCCCAUCAACUUGCUCACAUUAAUGACAGGCCUUUUAAAUGCCCAGCCUGUGGGAAGUGCUACAAAACCUCCAGGGACCUGAUGGCCCACCAACGUGUUCACUCUGAGGAGAGGCCAUUCAGGUGCUCUCUCUGUGGUAUUGGGUUCAGGCGAUCAUCUGACCUCACAGAGCACCAGCAGGUUCACAUUGGGAAGAGACCGUUCAGCUGCUCCGAGUGUGGGAGGGGAUUCACUCGGUCAUCCAACCUGCUGAGGCACCAGCAAGUUCACACAGCAGAGAGAUCUUUUAAAUGCCCAGACUGCGGGAAGUGCUACAGAAGCUCCUGGGGACUGACUUGUCAUCAACGUGUUCACACUGAGGAGAGACCUUUCAAAUGCUCAGAAUGUGGGAAGUGCUUUAGGAAUUCUGUGGAAUUGAAGUCCCAUCAACGUGUUCAUACUGAGGAGAGACCUUUUAAAUGCUCAGAAUGUGGGAAUCACUAUACAAGUUCCUGGGGACUGUUUUAUCAUCAACGUGUUCACAUUGAAGAGAGACCUUUCAAAUGUCUAGUCUGUGGGAAGUGCUAUCGAAGUUCUGUGGAACUGAUCUCCCAUCAACAUGUUCACAUGAUGAGAGAUCUUUCAGGUGCUUUCAUUGUGGGACUGGGCUCAGGUGAUCAUCUCAACUCUCAGUACACCAGCGAGUUCACACAGGGGAGAAAGUAUUUACCUGCUCCAUGUGAAAAAAACAGUUAGCUCACUCAUCAACCCUGCUGACACAGCAGAGAGAUCACACUAGGGGGGACACUUCAUCUGCUCUGUGUCAGAGAGAAGGAAUUCACCACACAUCGAUCCUGCUGAGACAGCACAGUGUUCACACAUCUCAAUAGCAAUUGGACUUUGCUGUUCAUUGCAUUCAGGACUUUAAGCCAAGCUUUUAUAUUCUGAAUAAUAGUUAAAUAAAUUAGCUUUAUGUUAAACACAGUGUGGCAGGUCAUUGUAAGGGUGUGGAGAGUCAGCAUGACUUCGUCAAAGUAGGUGGGGGCUGGGGUUUCAUGCCUGACAGAUCAUUUAGAAUUCUUUGAGGAGGUACUGAUCAAUGUGGAUGAAGGAGAGCCAGUAGAUGUGAUCUAUUGGAUUUCCAUCAGGCAUUUGACAAGGUGCCAUCCGGGUACCUGCGAAAUAAGAUAGAAGUUCAUGAAGUCGCGAGCAAGGUACUGGCAUGGAUUGAGGAUUGGCUGACUGGAGAAAGCAGAGAGUUGGGAGAAGGGGGUUUUUUUUUUUUCAGGAUGGCAGCUAGAAUACUAGUAAAGUUCUGCAGGGGUCAGUGUUGGUACCACACGUAUUUGUUAUGCAUUAAUGAUCUGGACAAAGGAAUUGAGGACAUUCUUGCUAAGUUUGCAGAUGACACAAUGAUAGGUGGAGGCCAGGUUGUAUUGAGGAAGUGGGAAGGUUUCACAAUGACUCGAACUCAGGCUUGGAGAUUGUGUAUUCCACCAGCCACUUCUUUGACCAGUGUGGGAAAGUGUGAAGUUAUGCAUUUCAGUCAGAAGUCUGGAGGCAUAGACUAUUUUCUGUACAGGGACAGGCUUCAGAAAUCUGAAGUCCUAAGGGACUUGGGAGUAGUUCAGAAUUCUCUGAUUUAACAUGCAGAUUCAGCUGGUAGUUAGGAAAAUAAAUGCAAUGUCGGCAUACAUUACAAGAGAGCUAUCAAACGAGCAGAGACGUACUGCUGAGAUUAUAAACGGUUGUGGUCAGGUUGCACAUGGAAUAUUGAGUAGUUUUGAGCCCUGCAUCUGAGGAAAGAUGUGCUUGUGUUGGAGGGGUCCAGAGUAAAUUUACAAGAUUGAUCGCAGGCAUAAGGGAUUGUCAUAUCAAAAAAGUAGUCACAUAUUAGAUAUAAACAAUUGGGUUUAAAUGAAUCCCUUAAACAGUAUAAAGAGUAUUGGGGUAUUCCUAAGAGGGAGGUCAGGAAGGCAAAGUAAAGGUGUGAAACAGUCUUAGCAAGUGAGGUUAAGGAGACUAUAUAAAUACAUUAGGAGCAAGAGAAUAAGUCGAGAGACAGAGAGAGUAGGGCCCGUUAAAGGUGAAAGGGGUCUUUUGAACCUCAGGAAAUGGGAGAGAUAUUAAAUGAAUAUUUCAUGUCAGUUUUUACUGUGGAGAAAGAAAUGGAGGCUAGAGAUCUCAGAAAUAAAUAUUGAUGUUUUGAAAACAGUUCACAUUACAGAGAGGAGGUUCAGGAGGACUUGGAAAAUGUAAAGGUGGAUAAUUCUCUGAGACCUGAUGUAGUGUAAUCUGGGAAAUUAAGGAAAGUUAGGGAGGAAAUUUCGGGGCCUCUUGCAGAAAUAUUUGUAUUGUCUAUAAAUACAGGUGAGGUGCCAAACGACUGGAGUGUAGCUAAUGAUGUGCAUUUGUUUAAAAAGGGAUGUAAGGAGAAGCCAGGGAACUGUAGACGUGUGGGUCCAACUUCAAGGGUGGGUACAUUGUUGAAAGUAAUUCUGAAAGAUAGGAUUUAUAUGCAUUUGGAGAAGCAAGGAAUGAUUCAGCGUGGUUUUAUGCGCGGGAAAUCGUGUCUCCCAAAAUUAAUUGAGUUUUUUUUUGAGGAAGUAACUAAGAUGAUUGUUGAGAGCAGAUUACCAUAAGUUGUUUACUUGGACUUUGCUGAAGCCUUUGACAAGACUCUGCCUGGUAGACUAAUUAGUAAAGCUAGCUCACAUGGGAUUCAGGGUGGUUGAUGGUUAUUUUUCAGCCUGGAGAACCCUUACCAGCUGUGUUGCAGAGGAAUCACUGCUGAGUCCACGUUUGUUUGUAAUUUAUACAAUGAUUUAAAUGAGAAUAUAGAUGGUAUAGUUAGUACGUUUUUGGAUGACACCAAAAUUGGUGACAUAAGGGACAGUGAAGAAAGUUAUCUCAGAUUUCAAAGAGAUCUUGAUCAGUUAGGUCAACGGGCUGAGGAAUAGCAGAUGGAAUUUAAUUUGGAUAAAUGCAAGGUGUUGCAUUUUGGUAAAACAAACAAUGGCAGGACUUACACAAUUAAAAGUAGGCUCUUGGGUAGCAUUGUAUAAUGGGGAUGCCCCGAGACUCAGACACCUAAUUCUUUGAAGUUUGUAUCAUAUUUAAAUAGAGUGGUUAAGUUGUCGAUAAAUAAGCUUGCAUCCACUGCUCAAUCUAAUGUGUGUGAAUUGGGUAGUCAUGUUAAGGUUGUACAGGAUGUUGGUUUGGCCUCUUCUGGAGUACUGUGACCAGAACUGGACACCCUGUUAUAAGAAGGAUAUUAUUAAACUGGAGAGGGUUCAGAAAAGAUUUACCAGGAUGUUGCUGGGAAUGAAGGGAUUGAGUUAUAGUAAGAGGCUGGAUAGGAUGGGACAUUUUUCGCUGGAGUGUAGGAGUUUGAGGCAUGACCUUUUAUAGAGGUUUAUAUAGUCAUUAAGGGUAUAUAUAAAAUAGUGAAUGGCAGGUGUCCUUGCUCCGGUGUGAGGGAUUUCAAGACAAAGGGGCAUAUUUUUAAGAUGAGAGGAGAGAAAUUUAAAAAGACUUGAAGGGGAAUUUUUUUUACAGAGUGUGGAUUGUAUGUGGAAUGAGCUUCCAGAGGAAGUGGUGGAUACAAGUACAUUUACAAUGUUUAAAAGACAUUUAGAGAAGUACAUGAAUAGGAAAGGUUUGGAGAGAUAUGGGGCAGGAAUAGGCAGGUGGGACAAGUUUAUUUUGGGAUUAUGAUUGGCAUGGACUAUUUGACUGAAGUGUCUGUUUUUUUGCUGUAUGACCUCCAGGACUCCAUCUAUGUCUGUCUGCAACCUCAUGUCUUCUUCACAGAGUUUUCUAUCCAUCUUUAGCUACCUUCACCCCUCAUCUAAGUGAGGUCAGUAAGUUGUAAAAGGUUAGGUUGUGUAUUAGGCCCAACCAUCUCCAACAUGAGCAAGAGGUACAAUCAAAGGAUCCCUACAGGGCAGAAAGAGGCACCAACACUCUGAAGAGCAUGCCAUCCAGACUGUCCCCCACCCCAUCCCCAUAACUCCGCAUGGGGGUUUCUACUGUGGCCAGCCCACCCAAUUUGGGCAUGCCUGGACAUGACUGGGCAAUUUUUAGCAUGGACAGGUUUGGUGGAUUGGCCAUCUUUAGAUCAUGGGGGGAAAACUGAGCACCUGGAGAAAACCACACAGUCAUGAGGACAGUGUGAAAACCUCACACAAACGUUCACCUGAGGCUGGAAUCAAAGCUGCAUUCCUGGCACUGAGACAGAAGUGCUAACCACUGGGCUAAGAUGCUGCUCAAAAUUACCUAGUGAAACCUGGAAUUGAACAAACAACCUUAAUAUCUUCAGGCUAAUAUAUUCCCAACUGAGCUAUUUCAGCAACAACAAAUACAGGGGGAAUGAAGCCCCCUGCCCCACCACAGAAUCAGUAGUUCUACACAGUCCUCUCCUGCUUACAAGUGGAAAUGAAGAUAAUCAAUUAUCUAAUUAUCUUUUUUACAUAAGCAUUUUUAGGGUUUUGGGGAGAGAGAAGGAAAUUGGAGUAGAAAGUUGGCAUUGAUGCAAUAGGCAAAAUUACUCCUCUGUGCCAGAAUGAAUUUAAGACUGAUUUCUACAACCUGUACUCAUGACAUAACACUUGAGUCCAGGAAUCAUUGAGGUAAAUCUGCACUGUUAUCCCAGGAAGGUCCAAUCUCUCCUUCCUCAACUGUGGCACCCAGACAUAUCUUAUGGGGCUGCUCUGCACACAAUUUCAAAUUUCUUGGAGUUUUUCUGGUCAUACUGACUCAGAAACCUUUUCACACAGACAAACAGUAAACAAACUUUUAUACCUUACACGGUGGAAGGCCAAUGAUAGUGAGAUCUUUGUGAAUGGAGGGACUCUGUUGGAAUCUGGUUGGAAUUGACAGUCUGGAAAUGAUGCCCAUUGAAUGUGCUGUAAAAAAGAGUGGACAGAAAGCAGUCCUCCCCUCUGUCCAGGGCACAAUCCUACAUGUCAGAUGGGCUCCUUACCAAACCUCGUCCCCUCCAACCAGUUUUCUUUCUUUUCUCUUUUUUGUUUCUUUUGUUUGGUGUUUGGAGCUCGGUUGUGGAGACGGCAGCAUUGAUGGUUGGUCAAAGGCAGCCAGUUGCAAUCACCAACCUUGUUGCUUCCUCAAUGUCCAAAGCUGGACUCUGCAGUGAGAAUUUGACACAGCAAUGCAGCGUGGCUGUGGAUGGGGCCAGAAAUGGGCUGGAUGACAGAAGCAGCAGCAGCAAAGGAUGGCUGCAGUGGUGGUCAUGGCCAAGGCCUAGUGUAGGUCAGCAGCUGCAGUCAGCUUCUACGCCUAGGGAAGGGAAAAGCAUGCCCUCUUAGGGAAGUCAAGUUUGGACUGUCUGCAGGCUCAUGGCUUAAGGGAGGAAUGUAAUGUAUGGCUUUUUAACUUUACAGGUAUUUCUGUAUUUUUUCAUUUUUAUACUGGGAAGACUGUAGUGCCAAAGUUUUUGUUAUUUCUUUGUUUUUCAACUUCUGUAACUAAGAUUUUGUACCUAAAUUGCCACUGUGUGUGGGGACAUUGUUCACUUCUGUCUCUUGUGGCUUGUACCUGAGAACACAUGGCAAUAAAAGCUCAAUCUGAAACAA